AUGGAAGAAAUAUGUGUGAGUUGUUUCCUCCAGUUCUCCGUUCACGCAGGCACACGCGCACACGAACGCAGGCACACGAACGAUCUGUCCAGUCUGCACCCAGACUGCGAGUAUAUAUUACAGCUGGAAAGAGAGGAGCGGCAUUGUCUUCAAUACAUCGCAGAGCAUGACAACAACCACAGUACACUAGGUUGUCUACCGUUCUGGGACUCUGUGGUGUGCUGGCCAUAUGCUGCGGUUGGGGAGAUGAUCAACACAACCUGUCCUGCUGUCUUCUCUUUUUGGGGGAAUAACACAGCAGGGUCAGUCAGCAGAAACUGCACCAGCAUCGGAUGGUCGCGACCCUUCCCCCCGUACCACACAGCCUGUAGUGUGGAUGAUGACGUUCCCAUUCCAGAGGACUCCUACUUUGCCACUGUCAAGCUGAUCUACACCAUCGGCUACGGCACCUCCCUGGUUUUCCUCUCCAUCGCCGUGGUGAUCCUGUUGCUCUUCAGGAGGCUUCACUGUGCCAGGAACUAUAUUCACAUCCAGCUGUUUGUCACCUUCAUGCUAAAGGCGGUGGCUGUGUUCAUCAAGGACGCCACACUAUUCGCCAGCGACGACACCAACCACUGCACCCUCUCCACCGCAGCCUGUAAGGCAUCAGUGGCCUUCUGUCACUACUGUGUCAUGACUAACUUCUUCUGGCUCCUGGUUGAGGCCCUCUACCUCAACUCACUGCUCCUCUCCUCCUUCCACCACUACCGCCGCUGCCUCUGGGGCUUUGGCCUGCUGGGCUGGGGUGUACCCAUCAUCUUCACAGUCAUAUGGAUUGGGUCCAGGGUGUAUUUUGAGGAUACUGAAUGCUGGGACAUCAAUGAGGACUCCCCCUAUUGGUGGAUCGUAAAAGGGCCAAUUGUUGUUUCUAUCGGGGUCAAUUUCAUCCUCUUUCUGAACAUCAUCAAAAUCCUGAUACAGAAACUGAACCCUCGUCUGAUCCAGUUCAAUAACUCCGACCACUAUAGACGGCUGACUAAGUCAACCCUGCUCCUCAUCCCCCUCUUCGGGACCCCCUACAUGGUGUUUAACUUCCUACCUGACUACUUCAAUGUUAGCGUGCGCCUCUGGAUCGAGCUCUGCAUGGGGUCCUUUCAGGGGCUGAUAGUAGCGAUCCUCUACUGCUUUCUCAAUCAAGAGGUCCAAAAGGAAAUCCAUAUGAGGUGGCUGAGGUGGCAGGAUAACAGCUACGGAGUGGUUCUGCCCGGUGCCAAGGGAAGUCAGAUGGACACACAUUUCUAGUGCCACACUCUUCAUCCUCCUCCUCCUUUCUCCAACCUCUAUAUGUGUGUCUUUCGGCAGGGUUGGAAUAAACCAGAAGUUCCCAUUGGACAACGGUCAUAUUCUUCUUCUAAUUCCUGUGGCCUCCACACAUUUCUUAUAUAUUUUUAGAAGGAGAGGGUGCUGUACAUUGUGUCCCUAAAGCAUACAAUGUCCUCUCUUCUCAUCAUCACAAUCUCAUUGCUAAAGGGACCACCACUGGGUUCAUCCAUUGUGUCCAGCUCAAGAUGAACUGUUGCAGCACUGUGAAAUGCCCUUCCUCAUCCUCUUCCUCCUCCUCCUCUUUCUUCU